AAGAGUCUCAUGGAUUUCCCUGCCAAGGCUGGCUUUGAACUGCCAUCCUCAUAUAUCAGCCUCCAGAGUAGCUAGGAUUACAGUUGUAAGCCACAAGCACCCGGGUUGGUUAACUUUUUUGAAAUGCUACUGUCUCUGCUACAGCUUCAUACAUUACCCCCAUAUUUUCUUGUUUGUUAGUUUGUGUUUUAAAACAAAGCAAAGUGCCUUGCCUUGAAUAUAGACCCCCCCCUCCAAAAAAAAAGCCCUACAGGAAAGCAGUGAUAGUAACUUUUCAACCUUGUGCACAUUUACUCCUGUAGUUUACUCCCAUACCGUAGUAGUAUCUUAUAGACAUCUUUGGUGGCCAAUGAAAAGCAGUUAAAUUAUCUUAAAAAAUUUAAAGGGAACUCUGACAGCCAAUAAAAAAUAUUUGGGUGGAAACUAUAACAGCCUUUCAUUUGAUUUUAAGAACAAUUCUAAAUUUGUAGUACCCGGUUCUGGAAUCACACGAGGCUCAUUGAAUUUGCUAAGUGUAUUUGCUGGGCAUUUCCAAUCCUUAAAUUCUCUCUGGUUUGAAGUGUAGAAUCUGACCCCUGUUCUGCUUCUCAAGGUAACUUUAAAACAGGAAGUGUACAAAGGAGGUAACUGAUGACGUGAACAGCCAAUCAUGGCUUUGUGUUCUUAGCUGAUAAAGCAGUUCAGCCAAUGGGACUGUGCUGGAGGCAAGGUUUGGUGUCAAAUAGCAGGCUAGAUUGAAUGCCUUUGACUGUUAAAGUGGAAGGAGGCUGCCGGGCUUCAUUGGAGCCUCAGAGUUUUUCACUGAGGCAGGGGUCAGCUGAAAGACAAAGAAAAAUGGCGAAUAGUUUGCUGGGGGGUGGGAGGACAGCUGUUCGGGUUUUCACUGGAGUGGACAUUCCAGACUCAGGUUUCUGCAUCUCCUGCUGUCUUUUGUUUCCUCCGUCCUUUGGUGGGGGGAGGGAUAGGAGUGACUUAAAUUCUCCCUGUCCGAGGAGAUAUAAAUAACUACAUGUAAAAUUAAUGCAGUUCCCGUUGUCGAAAUGUCCACAGAAGGAGGGUUUGGUGGCACUAGUAGCAGCGAUGCCCAGCAAAGCCUUCAGUCCUUCUGGCCUCGAGUCAUGGAAGAAAUCCGGAACUUAACAGUGAAAGAUUUCCGGGUACAGGAGCUCCCGCUGGCUCGAAUUAAGAAGAUUAUGAAACUGGAUGAAGAUGUGAAGAUGAUCAGUGCUGAAGCCCCUGUGCUCUUUGCCAAAGCAGCCCAGAUUUUUAUCACAGAGCUGACUCUUCGAGCCUGGAUCCACACAGAGGAUAACAAGCGCCGAACUCUUCAGAGGAAUGAUAUCGCCAUGGCAAUUACAAAGUUUGAUCAGUUUGACUUUCUCAUCGAUAUUGUCCCAAGAGAUGAACUGAAACCUCCAAAGCGUCAGGAGGAGGUGCGCCAGUCCGUGACUCCUGCUGAGCCUGUCCAGUACUAUUUCACACUGGCUCAGCAGCCCACUGCUGUCCAAGUCCAGGGACAGCAGCAAGGCCAGCAGACCACCAGCUCUACGACUACCAUCCAGCCCGGGCAGAUCAUCAUUGCGCAACCUCAGCAGGGCCAGACUACACCUGUGACAAUGCAGGUUGGAGAAGGCCAGCAGGUGCAGAUUGUCCAAGCCCAGCCUCAGAGUCAAGCCCAGCAGGCCCAGAGUGGCACUGGACAGACCAUGCAGGUGAUGCAGCAAAUCAUCACUAACACAGGAGAGAUCCAGCAGAUCCCGGUGCAGCUGAAUGCCGGCCAGCUGCAGUAUAUUCGCUUAGCCCAGCCUGUAUCAGGCACCCAGGUUGUGCAGGGACAGAUCCAGACACUUGCCACCAACGCCCAACAGAUCACACAGACAGAGGUCCAGCAAGGACAGCAGCAAUUCAGCCAGUUUACAGAUGGACAGCAGCUCUACCAGAUCCAGCAAGUCACCAUGCCUGCGGGCCAGGACCUCGCCCAGCCCAUGUUCAUCCAGUCAGCCAACCAGCCCACCGAUGGGCAGACCCCCCAGGUGACCGGCGAUUGAGGGCCUAAGCUGACAAGGACACCCAACACAAUUUUUGCCAUACAGCCCUAGAUGAGGGGCACAACCUCCCUCCCCGAGGACCAGCGACCUCAGCACCCCCUGCAGGCUAGGACAUUGGUGCACUACGCUCUGCGCCUGGGGGCCAAGAUUCUUCAACAGAAAGAUGCAAUAUUUUUUCUCCAAGGAAUCAAUAUUUCCAUAUAUUGAGCUGUGUGUCCAAUGCUAUGAAAUGAGAAUAUUAAAUAACAUAUUUAUGGCAUUUUCUUGAAGCACGUGGUUGAAGAAGUAUUUCUCCGUUUGUUUUUCUUAUUUUGGUUCUCACCAUCACUUUGUAGAAGCAGAUCUUCCUCUCUAAGGGUGCACACCAUUUCCUGACUCUUGCAACAGCUGCUGCCCCAAGAUUUGCCCCCUUGCUCUGCCCUCAGAUUGAAUCAGGUGAAGGCGUGUAGCUCCUUUUCCCCCAGUGCACCUCUCUGCUCCUCUCCCACCUGCUCUCCUCAGAGCUCUAUUGGCAUCCAGGGACUGCGGAAAUAUUUGUUGCAUUUAGAGAUGAAGUCAUUCCUCACAGAGAGCAAUGGUUUCAUUCCUCCAACCCUCCUCUCCCAGGAGGAACUCAAGGAGACUAGAACUUUGUGCAUUUGCUGCCCCCUCUUUUCUUUUUAAAAAAAUGUGUUAAAAAUUGUGCUAGUCUCCUUUGCUGCAUGGACUUCAAACUGCAUGAAAUGCAAUAAAUCUCAUUUUAGAUA